ACCUACUAUAUCAUGAAAUCAACAAAGAGACAAUCAUUCUUAAUACAGUUCAAUGCAUAUAAUCCUAAAGCAUCCGUUAAUCCAUAAGAUAGAAUGCAAUGUAAUCCAAAUCAUUAUUUCUCUUACUCUAAUACAUCUACUAAGUAAUAACUAACAAACAUAAUCUUGUUAACAAUCGAAACAAUGAAAGAGCGAAAGGAGAGUUGUGAAAAAGAAUUAAGUUUUGAUUUAGGUAGCCACCUAAUUACAUUUUUACUAAAUAUUUUUUUGAGUUACCCUCGCAAUUAUGGUUUAUAUAUAGGUUACAAUUUAAUUAAUGUAUUUUUUAUUUGUGAAGAAUUUCCUAAUGGGGCAGGUAUGGGUAUGGGUAAUGAGACGGGGAGGCUAAAACCAUACCCGCCUCAUUCCUAUUAAACGUUUUAUGGGUUUUACUCAUACUCGGUCAAAACAGAAAUUCCCUGCAUUGACUGAGUCGGGACGGACGAGUACCCGCGAUCAUGCAUUUGAUUGCCAGGGGCAGGUGGAGCACUUGGGUUAUUGAAAAAUCAGCAUUUUCCCCCAUUUGAAUAGUGCACUCUUUUAAAGGUGGUAUUUCCGAUGAUGUUCAAGUGGUGACUCGUGGAGAAACAGUAGAAAAACGUUUUCAUGUUGUAGCUGGUGGUUGUCAACAAACUUUUUAUUCUUCUACCUAAACUGCCGGUAGCAUCUCAAAAGGUUUCUUUAACCUUCGUUAAUGUUCCAGUUAAGCAUGUCUAGGUGCCAGGCGAUGCUAAUGCGUCUCUUCAGGGGACUUUGCAGCAAGUUAGGAAUUUUGAUUGCAGAGGCCGAGUAUAGGGACGCUUUAGGCAGUUAAAUUGGGAAUUAGCAGUCAUCGUUUUAAUUAUCGUACGAGUAUGGUACACUAUUCCAUUCAACAUUUAGUAAUGAUAGCUAUUUUUGCUUUCAGUGUCUAGAAUUGAACAGGGCCCCAAACAUCAGUAUAUAACAAAUCAAAAGGGCGAUCACUGGAUAAAAAGGAAAUUGAGAAUAGGAGUUUAUGACUCUUAUUCGAAAGACAAGCAUCACAAGGAGACCUAUCUGAAGAGGAAGAACCAGAAGAGAAUUUGACUGAAUGAGACUGGUAAGAUAUUGAUGGGAAGGAUGACCAAGGCGAGCGUGCCAAGAAGAUGCGAAUGUGAGGAUAGUCACCAGGGCCAUUCGAACAUUCUCCACCUCUCGAGGAAGCUCGUAGACAUCACCGUUGUUUUCCCCCCUCGACAGGUGCGCCCCCGUGCGAAGAUCAUUCACAAGAAAAUGAGUGGCAAAGAAUUCCACAGAGAACUCAAUAAAGAAUGUGAACCAAUAGAAGCAGUAGAAGAUCCAAUAUGAGAUAUAGCCAAACUUGUUCCAUCACUAACAAGGAUCUCAUCUAGGCCUGUAUAAUCCGAAUAAAGAGAGAGUUUGCCCAUAUCCGGAGUUACAUGAUGGGAUGUUGCUGAAUCCAUAAGCCAAGGCCCAGAUAUGACGAAGAGCCCAUGGAGGUGGUAUGAUAAACUUGCCUUUGACGGGCCUGAGGAAAGAGACGAAAACAUUGUCUCACUGUAUCACAAAAUUGACAAAUAACCAUGGACUGUUUUACCGUACCGUACCGGCCGGUUGAACCGGAAAAACCGGAAACCAGGCCAAUUCCGAUACGGUACAGAUUGCAAAGUUAGAAUAUGGUACCGGCCGGUAUUUUGUAUUCGACCGGCCUGCCGCGAAAUACCGGCCGGUUUUGAUCCAUCCGGCGGUCCUUCAAUCCCAGCCAAAAAGUCAUGUUUCGAGUUUCGACCCUAGGUCAGCAAAGCAAAGGCGGCGCUUAAGCCUUCGUCAAACCUCACCGCAGAUUAGCCGCCGUUAAACCCCGCCGUAGAUUCGUCAGUGUCAAUCCCUCACCGGUGAAUCCCUCGCUGUAGAUUUGCAUGCCUCCACGAAUACAGAGAAUCAUGAGGGUCGCCUCUGUUGAUCUAGACGGAUUCCCUCCUCCUCUAUCUCUGCAGAUCAAGAGAGAGAGAGAGAGUUGGAAUAAGAUGGGGAAGUAGGGAUUUGUGUCCUGAAUUUCUGCAUGUAGAGAGGGACAAAGCGGAAGAGAGAGAAAGAGGUGUGUAACCCAUAGGUCUGCCGACGAUCACUUCCUGGCGAGUAAUUGGGAUUUCGUCGCUGUUUUGAGGAGAAGAGGAUGAGUGGAAGAAGAACAGAAGAGAAGCAGAGUUGAGAAAGGGGAAAGUAUGAGAGAGAGAGAAGGAGAGGAUUAGAACGAGAGAGAUUAGGAGGGAAAAGUAAUCAUUUUAUUCCAUGACCCAAAAACACACAGCCUAGCCAUUAUUUAUAUGCGGCUACUGUUUUAUUUUAUGAUUUUCUAUCCGGUAUUUUGUAAUUAUUCCGGUAUUAUUCCAGAAUGGUAUCAUGUUGUGGCCGGUACGGUUUUUUGACCAAAAAAAUAAUUUACUAUUACAAAAACGGUAUUUAUCGGCAUGAAACGGUUGAACCACGAUCGUACCACAAAAUAUCCUACCAAUAAAGAAUCCGGUAUGACGUCCGGUACGGUUUUGCAAUCCUUGCAAAUAACCAGGGAGCAGGAUACCGUACCGGACCGGCCGGUCGGACCGAAAAAACCGGAAACCGGACCUGGCCCGGCACAACAUGGCCUGUGUAUCAUCCAAGAGGCUGUCGGCCGGUUUUUACGGUUGGACCGCAACCGGCCGAAAUUUCGGCCGGUUUUAUUAAAACCGGUGGUCCCUUUAAUUAGCUGAAACGGCGCCGUUUUGACCAAGUAAAAAAAAAAAAAAGGAAGAGAAGCAGUGAAAGUCGAAACCCUACUCUCCUCUCCACACUCUCCUCUCGUCUCCCCCGCGCCGCUCUGCCUUUCCAUCCAAAUUCCUUUCCAUCCUCUCGUCUCCCCCCGCGCCGCUCUGCCUUUCUCACCACCGGCGACGGCGCCUCGUCCUCUCCAGCAACGGCGCCUCGUCCUCCCCGGCAUCGGCGACUCGUCCUCCCCGGCAACAUGGGAUGGGCAAUCGCUCUAACCCAACCCACCCGAAGAUGGAGGAACAGAAGCAGCCGGCGUGGAGAACAUGGGAUGGGCAAUCGCUCUUCAUGGCGGCGCCGGCGACAUUCCAUGCUCACUUUCCCCUGACCGCCGCCUCCCUCGCGAGGCCGCUCUCCGCCACUGCCUCCAACUCGGCGUCUCCGCUCUCCAAUCCCACGCCCACCCUCUCGACGUCGUCGAACUCGUGGUACGCCCGCCCAAAUCACUUCCCGGAUAUCCUCUGGCCAUCGGAAAUUGAAUUGAGUAGUAAUUGGCUUGAAUGGGCGGAUUUAUAUAAAAUUAGAAUCUUGUAUCAUCGGAUGUUAGAGGUUGCUAGUGGCUCCAUGGCUGUUACUUUGCAGGUUCGCGAAUUAGAGAACCACUCGCAGUUCAAUGCUGGAAAGGGAUCGGUGUUGACCACUGACGGGACAGUUGAGAUGGAAGCCUGCAUCAUGGAUGGCAAAACUAUGAGGUGCGGAGCUGUCUCUUGGCUAACCACUCUUGUCAACGCCGUAUUGGUGGCGAGGCUAGUCAUGGACAAGACUCCUCACAUUUAUCUUGGGUUCCAAGGUGUUGAAGCUUUCGCUAGGGAACAUGUUAGUCCUUCCAACUUUGCUGCUAAUUCACAAUCUUCACUCCAUUGACAUUCUUUGUCUGCAACACUCAGUCUUCAUUUCAUCCAUGUUGUUUUCGGGGUUUUUUUGCUGCAAAAGCUGCCUGCUGUUAGUUCAGUUGGUUUCACCCGUGAUUGAGGGGGUUAUUGAAUCAUCUAGGGACUAGAGACUGUGGAUCCAAGUCAUUUCAAUAAUAAGAGGUGGGAUAAACAUUUGAGCCGUGAUUUGUUUGUGGCAUCAUACUUCCUUAAUCUGGCUUUCAAGUAUGCCAACAUUAAGCUUGUGGUUUUUGUACUAGUUUCUAAAAAUGUAUUUGGAUGAUUAUGAGGUUUAUUAGGUAUUGAAAUCUCGCACUUUGUUGAAUGUUACCUAAGCUUAUUUACUUUUUUUACAGUUUUUUAGGCGGUAUAAUCCGGUUUUAUUCCGGUAUUUUCCCGGUAUGGUACCCUAAUUUUGUCGGUACGGUUUUUUAACAAAAAAAUAAUUUUUUUAUUCCAAAAAUGGUAUUUGCCGGUAGAAAACGGUUGAACCAUGGUUGUACCACGAUUUACCAUGCCAAAAACGAUUUCGGUUUGAUGUCCGGUACGGUUUCGUAAUCCAUGCAAAUAACUAGCCCCUUUCGUGGUGAAUUGGGCUCAAAAGCACCAUGUGGGCCAAGCAAGGGUGCUAGGCCAUGAGAGGGAGAGUGGGCGCUGGGGUAUCUAGUUUGGCCAAGCAAGGCGACUGGGUCGCGAGAUGGAGAGAGGGCGCUGAGGUCGCCACCACUAAAAGGCUCCGCCACCUCCUCUGCUAGUGUUGCCGCUACCACAUACGAAUAGAGAGAUUCAGAGAUUGAGCAUCGAAGAGCAUGGAGAAUCAACUUAUCUUGACGAUACCAGCGGCGAUACGCGGGAUUGGGUUGAGUGGUGUUGUUUGUCGUGAGCGUUUGAGCAGGGGCAUCACUUGUUCCAUCAAUGAAGGCUAUGAGGUCCAAUACCAUCAGCAAUGUCUCCAAUUGCAAUCUCCGGGAAUGUAAGUUGUUCGAGGUCAGUUUCAGAUGCAAUUGCGCCGCGGGAUAAAAGGUAAUGAUCGAAUCUUCUGUAGGGAUUGCAGAGCCAUCUGAAACUGGAGCACUUUUACUAUGCUAUAUAGCAUUGGUGCUUUAAUGUACAACUUGAAGUUGUACUAUAACAUUAAAUGUAUAAGUUUAGG